GCCAGAAACCGAGAGAAGAAGAAGAAGAAGAAGCCGGAUGUACAAGCAUCCAUGCUACCAGUUAACCACUGCUGCUUCUUUCAGAGCUCUCAUCCAUCCAUGAGAGCUCUGCGUCUUUAAACGGGCUGAUUUGGGCCGUUUUUUCCAUCUUGUCCUCGGAGAGUGAACUACAGUUGUCACAGUAAGAAGAUAUCCGUUGCAGCCAUGUUCCUCACCCUCACCCUGCUGCGGAAAGGCAUCUCCGGGAAGCAGUGGAUCGGAAAGUAUCGUCGUCCACGACAAAUUACAUGGCAGAUGAAACGCAAUACGCUGAAGCACCUGGAGCGUGAGGCUGAGAAUGAAUACUGGAUCAGCCGGCCGUACAUGACUCCGGAGCAGGAGUACGGUCACGCCGCCGAGCGCAGGGCCCAGAACUGGCUCAACAUCAAGGAGGCCAAAUACGCCAAUUUUCCUGAACACAAGUACAUCACAGAUCACCUGAGUCAUCUCAAAAUCACUAAGACAUGGUCAAGUUAGAAAAAUGACAUGCAAGGACUGUCUUCAUAAAGUGACAAUAUCACAUGUUUAUGUUCAAGGAUGCUCAGUUUCGUUGUGUGUUUUAAUGGGAAGCAAGAUUUUGUAUAUCAGCUGAAAAGCAACCAUGAAAAGUUGUUAACCAAGUCCAUAAUAGACUGUUUUAACUCCAUCCGCCUCCAUAAAACAAAUCUGUAUACUGUUUGUUUGUGGUACUGAAUCCACACCACUAAAAUCUGCUCAACAUUCUA